AUGGGCUGCUGCUUCAGUAAGGAAUUGAGUAACAGCACGAAUGAGGAGAAAACCGUCUUACUCCAAAAAUCUGUGGAAGAGGAAGCACCAGAGUCAAGGAUAAGUAAAACUUUAUCUUCAAUUAUUGGAACUGUGGAAAGCCAGGAUCGGCAUAUAGUGGGAAGGACAGCUAAUGGGGCAGCUGCGGCAGUCGGCAUUGAACGCGUCCGUAGCGAUGACUGCGCAGGGUCAGAUUCUAAAUCUGGUUUUUGGAGUGGAAAAGCAAAAUAUCCGUCAUACAAAAGCAUGGGGAAUACUCCCCAUGAGAGCUCUAGGAGGACGUAUGACAGACCUUUUAGCUUCUUUAAUUCCUUUAGUCACCUCCUGAAAGUGUCUGGUUCACGUGGAAAUCUGCAGAAAUACGAAGAAAAGAAAGAAAAGAUAAUUAAAAAAAGAGCCCCUAAAAAAUCUAAUAGCAGUGGUCAGUACAUGAACAAUAUAGAAAAUACUAAUAGUAGUACUAAUAAUGAAAAUAGAGCUGCACAAGAGCAUUGUUUGUUUGAUCAUAUUUCUACUUCACAUGUACCAGACAUCCUAGGCAAAGGCUUAGAGAGUGAAAUUUCCUUAAAUAGAAACUGUCCGGAGGGUUGUGCAGUUACGUGUGACCGUUCAAGGCAAAAUGCAACAACAGUAAAUGUUGAAGACAGCAAGAGUGACAGCCUACAAAAAGUUUCAAGUUCAUAUAGAGAGGUGUCUCCAGCAUUUUCCUAUCUUGAUGUAGACAGCAGUCAGAAUGUGAAAGAGAGGGAGUUUUAUAGUAUUUGUGUUGUAGAUGCUGAAGACCUGAAGGGGGAUGAAGAGGUGCCAGCGACUGUGCAUGAGGAGACUGAAGCAGACAUAGAUAACUCAGCUGUUACUGAUGAAAGAAUGUGCAGCAUGGCACGACCUCUAGACACUGAGAAGGAAUUUCCAACGCAACAAUCAGCACAAGUGGAAGCUGAGUUUAAUAGACAGAAAGAACUGUUUGAGUAUAAAAAGGAGGGUAGGUCAAAGAUGCAGAAAAAAGAUACAGAGGAAUAUUGUAGCAUAGACAUCCAGUGUUCUUUUGAUAACCUACUGACUGACAGAUGUCAGGUACAUAGGUUAAAUACUGACGAUACAGUGACGGGUGUCUUAAGAGCAAAAGUGCCCAAUGAAAUCAUCCCUGAGAGUCAAGAGGAGGAGGUAUGUACUGUAGGUAGUGCUGUCAGUUGGAAUGAAUCACUCCCUGCAGCUUGUGAUUCUGUACAAGUUGUGGAUGCUGCUGAAGAGGGACAAUACAGCCCUAACUCAGAAAAGAUGAAACACAGUAAUUGUGUUUCCAGUGUGUUGUUAAACACUGGAGUAUGUAAUUCAGAAAAAACUGAGGGAAGUAAUGAUUCUGAUAUGGUACCACUUGGUUUAAGUAGGCAUCCCUCACAUGUUACAGGGCACCUAGAUACUAAACAGGUGGCAGAGAACAGGAGGAGUAACUUUAAAUUAUCAUUAGAGUUACACAAAAUGGACAAUGAUUCUUCUUCAGUGAGUCAACACAUAGACAAACUUGCUGAAAAAGUCUGCUUUCUAGAGGCAGAAAGUGAAGCAAACUCAAAUAUGGAAAAGAAAACACUCCAAAGAACAUAUGGCAAUAGCCAAACACUUGCACCAGGUGCUAGUGAACAUUACAGCCAUUUUGAAGAAUCCUUGAAAAAUAGAGAGAAAUGCACAGGUACAAUUUUGCGUAGCUGUGAAGCUUUGUAUGUGACUGAAAUGCACAGAAACUUGGGGGAAACUCAAAUUAAGGGCUGCACUGAAGUCAAGACAUCAGCUGAGGCCGCAAAGCAUAGUGGCAUGGAGGAAGAUGUGUGUGUGAGUGUCAUUGAGAUAAAAGGCAACGUGCCUGAGGAAGCUGGUACCUUGAGCAGAACUCAGUCAUGGGUAAGUGAUGGCACUUCGACAUCUCCUGAGCUACAUAACCUGAGCACAGGUGAAAUGUUCCUAAAGGAAAACAGUCUAGAAUCUCAGGCUUCACAAGAGUCAGCAGGGAAUGAUGGUAAAGUGUGCAAAUACUCAAAUUCAGAUCACAAUAUCAGUGUGCCUUCUGUGUCUGUGGAAUGUGAAGAUAUGAAUAAAAUGGACAUGAACUGUAGACAGGAUGAACAACAGAGUAUAUGUUCGUUCCAUGUAGUGGAAAACCAGUGGAAUACAGGGACUGUGUCAGCCAGGAUAGCUGGGGAUGUAGCAGAAUCUGUAAAAGAGACAAAACUUCACCUAAAUGAGUCCAUUGAUAACAAGGCAGACAAUGUAAAACUGAAUUUGGAUGCUGACACUGCUGAUUGUGAUAAAGGCAUCUUCAAUUGCAGCGAAGGUUUGGCUCACAGUCAGAAUGCUUACUCCACUGUAAGCAGUGACUCCACUGUACCUGCAGCCACAGACAGUUGUAUGUCUGAGGGUGUAGAAAUAGAUGACUCUCCAAAUCUGGAAGAUGCCAGUAAUCUGUUAUAUAAAGCCCAUAAUUGUUUACCAUCAUUGUGUCCAAAUCCAUGUUCUCAUGUGCAUGACAAACCAGCAGAAGAGCCUGAGUUACGUCCCUGUGCCAGUCCAGAGCCAGAGGUUGGGAACACCCAAGUUUCUGUUGGACCUUUAACUAAAGUAAGAUCAGAACCUCAUGAGCAAAAUGUGUGUGAUGUAAAUGAAUGUAACCUUCAGGAUGGUGAAGUAGAACUGAGUGUCAGCAUCUGCUCAAAGGAGAACCUCUCUGGCUUUAGUGUAUCACCUGGCAAUCUAGAAGCUUUUUCCAGAGGAAAUUUGGAGCAGUUAGAAGCCAAGACUACUGAACUGAAAAACACCAGUUACAUAUUAAAUACUCCAAUGAAUGACUUGACCACAAACUGGGAACAGAUGCAGGCAGAUCACAAGAUUUUCUCAAACAAAGAGCUUGGAGUUUGUGUUGACCCAAGGCAGGUAGACAAAUACGCUGCUACUCCUUACUGUGAAAUAAACAGUGCCUCUCCUGGUGCUGCAGGAUUCCAGCAAAGCAGUGAGCAGUGCGUGUCAGAUCUGAUGGAAGAUGUGUUGAGUGACCAAGAGCAUUCCUAUGAACUGGACAGGCAGAAUCCCUGCGUGGAAAUGUGGUCACAUGUCAUCAGUCUUCAGACUGGCAAUGCUGAUUGGACAAAUCAGCUGUUCUCUGACACUGUUCCUGCUAGUAAUGGUGAAUAUCUGUUGGGUUUUCUGUGGAGUAAUGCAGUUUCUAAUGAUACUGUGAAGAAUGACAGACUAUGUAUAGUUAGUGAAAACUUCCAGAGCGAACCUGAAGAUUCAACAGGUGCUUCAUAUGUAGUGGAAAGAUACCCUUAUCAGCUGCUAGCACCAGAAAAUGCUGGUACUUGGGGAUGGCAGAAUAAAAAGGAAUUUGAGUCAACCAAGGUUUCCGAGUUAAACCCUAAUGCCAAGGUGUGGGGCAAUCAUAUGCUACACUUGGAAGCAGGUGGUGCCACUGAUGGUAGUGUGAGCAAAACGUGGGAAGAAAUACCUGACCAACCUCCAGAUUCUUGUAAAGAAGGACUGGACGCCGAUGGUGAUGGCGACAAGAAGCAUCAGAAUGCAGUGCUGACAGAGCUGCCGGAGCCGUCGCCAGCCGUGCCGGGGUCAGAGCAGACAGAUAUGAACCCUCUGGCUCUCGAUCCUUCUGAGUAUGACUCUAUGCAUGAAACCACCCAGACAGGUGGAAAUGAACAGUUACAGCCAGAAGGUCAGGAAGAUUUACGAGAAUUACUGAAAAAGACACUGGAAUUCUGUUUAUCUAGAGAAAAUCUUGCCAGUGACAUGUACCUUAUAUCACAGAUGGACAGUGAUCAGUAUGUGCCAAUAAUGACAGUAGCAAACCUUGAUCAUGUCAAGAAACUCAGUACUGAUAUGGAUUUGAUUGUUGAAGUGCUGAGAUCAUUGCCUUUAGUUCAAGUGGAUGAGAAGGGGGAAAAAGUUAGGCCAAAUCAGAAUCGCUGCAUUGUGAUACUUCGUGAAGUCCCUGAAUCUACUCCCAUUGAAGAGGUUGAAGCACUUUUCAAAGGAGAUAAUUUGCCUAAGUUUAUCAACUGUGAGUUUGCCUAUAAUGACAAUUGGUUCAUCACAUUUGAAUCGGAAGCCGAUGCACAGCAGGCCUACAGAUACCUUAGAGAAGAAGUGAAAACUUUCCAAGGAAAACCAAUUAAGGCAAGGAUAAAAGCAAAGGCAAUAGCUAUAAACACAUUUUUGCCAAAGAAUGGAUAUAGACCUCUGGACAUGAACCUUUACACGCAGCAGCGUUACACGACAUCCUUUUACAUACCUCCAGUCUACAGUCCCCAGCAGCACUUCCCACUGUACAGCUUAAUUGGCCCUCAGACCUGGUCAGCCACGCACAGCUACCUUGACCCUUCAUUGGUAACACCAUUUCCAAAUACUGGAUUUAUCAAUGGGUUCACAUCUCCAACCUUCAAGCCUGCUGCUUCUCCACUGACAACACUCAGACAAUAUCCUCCCAGGAACAGGAAUCCUAGCAAGUCUCAUAUACGACAUACAAUACCCAGUGCAGAAAGGGGACCUGGGCUUCUAGACAGUCCUACAAUAUUCAACUUUUCUGCUGAUCGUUUAAUCAAUGGCGUCAGGAGUCCACAGACGCGGCAGCCGGGCCAAAGCCGGACACGGAUGCAGAGUGCCACCACGAGCUACACCAAGAGGGAAGUAGGGACUGGGCGGAUGGAACAGACCAGCGUGGACUCAUCUCCUGGACUGGGUAGAGGAAGGAAAAACUCGUAUGGCUACCGAAAGAAAAGGGAGGACAAGUUUACA